AUGGCUGAUGUCAUUUCAGCACCACUUGAAUUCCUUUUCAAUUUGUUGUUUUUCCAAGCUGUUGUUCCGCGUAGCUGGCGGCAUGCUUAUGUCAUUCCAAUCAGGAAGAAACCUCCACACUGUGAUCCUAAUAACUACAGGCCUGUUAGUAUCACAUCAGUGUUUUGCAGACUUUCUGAAAAAAUACUCAAGAAGGUCAUUGUUCGUCACAUAACAUGUAACCAGGUUCUAUCCGACCAUCAAUCAUGGGUUCAGAGCAAAAAAUCUACAGUAACGCUCAUGUUGGAAGCAAUGAACAAUUGGACAUCAGUACUGGAUACAAAAAAGAUAGUCAAGUGGAUUGAAGAAUUUCUCGCUGAUCGCACCUUUCAAGUGUUGGUGAAUGGCCAUGCUUCCACGGUCCGACAUGCUAUCAGUGGGGUUCCCCAAGGAAGUGUCUUGUCCCCCAUUUUAUUUAAUAUUUACACAUUUGACUUAGCAGCCUUCUAUCCAAAAUCUAAUCGUAGGGAUACAAAGUUUGCGGACAGCUCAAAGAUCUAUAGUAUC